GAGUAGACUAGACUACAACUCCAGCAACAAGUGGGAGGUGAAAAGUGAUCCAGUCCAUGUACAGUGAGCAAGUGACGUCGACAUUAAGCGCAUAUAUUUCUAUUGCCUGCGUUAAUAUAGGCUGCGUUCAGAUUUUGAUUUUACGCACAUUCAGUAUAGUCUGCAGCUUCAUCAGUUUGUUCAUCUACACCUGACCAAACUUCUGACAACUUGUUUACGUUGCAACUGCAGAGGCUGUUUCCAACACCGUCCAACGCGACUCCGGACCCGCUAAGAGAAUUGAUCAUGUGCGCGGACUGCCUAAAUCCAUGCAAGGACAGAGAAAGUUGCAGAAAGGUUUUGAACUCAGGCGAGAUGGACAAUGAGCCGCGUAUGAUGAAAGAAGAAGAAUCCGACUUUGACCACAGAGAUGUUGGUAUCUGUCAGAAAGGAUGCGGGCUUCUCUUGUCCCAUACAGACAUUGUCCAGGGAGACCAUUGCUGUUUGGAUGCGCUUCGUAUGCUGAAUGAUGGGCUCCAGGAGAGAAGCGCUACCAUGGAGCACGAAGGCCGAAUGCAGAGGCUCAGGUGGGGUAGGAGAGAGCAAUCCCUCCUCGCCCAGGUGUCUUCCAUCCAGAGCGAAGCACAGCUGACUGCUUUGAAGUACAAGCGAAAGUUACACCAAUACAUGUUGAAUAUCAACAACAUAACCGAACAGGUUAUUGGACAUUACAAGCAGCCUAUACAGAGUAACUCUGGGGCCUCUGGACUCUGUGUGUCUGAUCCGGGUCCAACUGAUGCAGUGUUCGGGCUCCAGGACCUGAAGGAGCAUGGCGGGGUACCAGAGGUAAACCAUCACAACACUGUAACACAGGUGAAUGGGAAGGACCUCUCCAAGGCCAGUCAUGACGAGGCAGUGGAGGCGAUCCGCUCUGCUAAGGACCCCAUUGUGGUGCAGGUGCUCAGGAGGAACCCUGUUAGCCGCGGAGGACAUGUUGGCUCCACUCAGGAAGUGCACGUGGUGGACGUUUGCACGCAGACAGACAUCACCUUCGAACACAUCAUGGCCCUGGCCAAGCUCCGAGCCACCACCCCUCCCGUGCCUGACAUCUGCCCUUUCCUGCUGUCUGACAGUUGUCACUCUCUCCACACUAUGGAACAGGAGUUCUAUGAGGGGACAGACUACCUCUCCACCCUCCCAGACCAACAGAGGACAGAGGAGUUUGAGUACGAGGAGGUGGAGCUGUGUCGACUCAACAGCCAGGAGAAGCUGGGCCUGACGUUGUGUUACAGGACAGAUGAGGAGGAGGACAUGACCAUCUACGUCAGCGAGGUUGGGCCAAACAGCAUCGCUGCAAGGGAUGGACGCAUCAGAGAAGGAGACCAUAUUUUACAGAUCAAUGGUCAGGAUGUGCAGGACAGAAAGGAGGCUGUAGCGGUGCUCUCUAGUGAAGAUACUAGGAAAUUCGUACUGCUGGUUGCCAGGCCCGAGAUACAGCUGGAGGAAGCGUGGUUGGAUGAUGAACACAGUGAAUUCCUGGAGCAACUGAAGAUGGAAAUGUUGGAAGAGCAACAGAGAGAAGAGAUGGAGCUAGAGGCACUUCAGGGGAAGACCAAAGGAGAAGAGGAUGACAUCACUGCCACCUGUUCCUCCAGAACUCAGGACAGUGGGCUGGGGAUGUCGUUAAGGAACAGCAUCGACGCCCCCGACCACAAUGCCCUCCUAUCCCACAUCCAACGGAGACUCUCCCAGUGUCUGAGGGACAGACAGGACUGUCCCAAGCGUCUCGACGAAGAAGAGGAGGAGGAAGAGGAGGAUGUUGGCGAGGAUGGAGAUCGGUUCCAGCAGCUCCUGGAGCUGAAGUGUCAGAUCCGUAACAGCGGCGAGUAUGACCUGAUCUAUAGCAGACGCAGCACUAUAGAGUGUAGGCUGGGAGAGCCGGCCGGUGGAGUGCAGCGUGAGCUCCGCAUGCUCAAUGACGAGCUCCGUAGCAUUGAGAUAGAGUGCCAGAACAUCAUGCAGGCACACAAGCUCGGCAAGGGGCCGGUGGGGUCCCAGUGGAACCAGGGGCAGCAAGUGUUUCCACAAAUUGUCUGCCCCACACCUAAGGACCAAAGCUCCCACCUGGGGUGCAAUGACUCACCUAGAAGAAGCAAGCUGGUGGACAUCAACGAGUGUCCGGAGAAGUCAGACAAGGAUCAAAGCUCGAGUGCCUACAACACUGCAGAGAGCUCUCGCAGCACGCCGCUGGCAAUGGACCGCUCCCCUGAGCACUCCCUUCAGAGGAGGAUGGUGACCAUCACCAACCAGAGGAACCUCCGCAGCAGCAUGGCCAGCCUCCACACUACAGCCAGCCCCAGCCCCAAACACCGGCCUCUCCACUGGGCCCCCAUCCCAGGCAAGGCCAGCAGCCCAGACCACAGCCUUUACCCCUCAGAGUCGGACAAGGUGGCCCCUGCAGACAACGAAAGGAGUGGGUUGGGGAACUGGAAGGUGAAGCCUCAUCCUCCUCCCAGGACUUCCCAGAUCCCUUACCUAUCCCCGUCCCAUGACUCCCAGCACCGCCAGCCCAACGGCAACAUCCCGGCCCACGCUCGCCACUACCAGAGCUACAUGCAGCUGAUUCAGCAGCGCUCGGCUGCGGAGUACGCCCAGAGCCAGCUGAGCCUGCUCAGUGGGGUCAAGGAGCCCCAGUUGAGCCCCGCCAUCGAGCCUAAGAUGGAAUGGAAGGUAAAGAUCCGUUCGGACGGCACACGCUACAUCACCAAGAGACCAAUCAGGGACAAGAUCCUGCGGGAACGCGCCCUGAAGAUCAAAGAGGAGCGUAGCGGAGGGAUGACCACGGACGACGACGCUAUGUCCGAGAUGAAGAUGGGGCGGUACUGGAGUAAAGAGGAGAGGAAGCAGCAUCUGGUCAGGGCUAAAGAACAGCGGAGGAGACGAGAGUUCAUGCAGCGCAGCCGACUGGAGAGCCUGAGGGAGAGUCCUCAGAGCAGCAGCGAAGGACGCAAGGAGGUCAGCAUCAUCGAACUGAGCCACAGGAAGAUGAUGAAGAAGCGCAACAAGAAGAUCCUGGACAACUGGAUGACCAUUCAGGAACUGAUGACUCACGGCGCCAAGGCCCCUGAUGACCCCAGGGCCAAAGUACAUAAGGCCUUCCUGUCGGUCACCACUGUAUAAUAUACAACUAACACAUAACAUUCUAUAGCAGUGUUUCUCAACCGUAUUCAUACCAGGAACCAGCAAGCUAUGGUCCUACCCCGGUGAGCAACAUCCCAGGGACCGGUGCUGGUCUCCGGACUGGAAUUUGAGAAACACUGAUCUACAGUACCCCAUGUGGUAUUAUAUACUUGCCUCGUUCAAUGUGGCGUUUUUAUGAGGGGGAUAGGAAUAUUUUUCACAACUUUGUUACCCGAAAAAUAGCAUUUUCUAAAGAAUUUUAACCAAUGGUUUCCAUGGCAUUAAAAAAAUCUGUUUUUCAUUAUUUCUCUCUGUUCCAGAAACAGUUUUGUAUGAGAUUACUGAGCAAUUAUUUUUCUUAGUUCAUCCUGUAAAUAUAAUUACCUGCAUAGUGUUCAAUUAUUUUCAUAUUUCUGUUCUGUUAUGCAGUGAUUCCAACCCACACAGGUCAGAAUAUUAGUAUGUACUCCCUCAGGGGGAGAGGCGUUCAACUGAAUGUACAGUACAGAAAUCCUACUCCUUGCAGGUCUAGAUUUGAUAAACCAGCCAUUUGAUUUCUCCUUUAAAGAGACACUUCGGGAUUUUGGUAUGAAGGAAGUUAGAGGUAGGUUUCUGAGCCAAUGCUAACUAGCGUUAGCGCAAUGACUGUAAGUCU